AAUUCCUGUCAGCCCUUUGGUUCCGGAAACAGCCUGCUUUCCCGGACCGCGAGAGCACUGCUCUGAUAGGAUUAUUUCAAUACUUGUACUUAUUAAGGUUCCUAGAUGUCACAUUGAAGAUCUAAACAAGAGAAGGCUUGAACUGUAUUACAACCAGCGAGUGAGGAUUCAUCAACCAUUUUCGUUCCACUCCUCAACUGUGACCCUUAAGAGACCAACAGUGUUUUUUGUAAGAACUGGAACAACUGUCCAGGUUGAUUACAGUAGAGGUACCUCAGCCUUGAAGGGAUCCUUUUCAUUUAGAAUCCGUGUCUUCUCUUAAGUAAUUGAUCACCGUGCACCCGGGGACACCCAAUUCACAGCCAAGUGGGAUCAGCCUUCAUGAAUAAUCAAAAUGCCGUGGCCACGCUGCUGCAGGAGUGCAAACGAGCUCUGGACACGCUCCUGUCGGCAAAGGCUGACGCAGGCGAGGAAGAGGAGCGAGAAUACCGGCGGUGCCAAGCUUUGCUUCCUGAGGACUUGAGGACUUUGCUGGAGGAGGCAAAGGAAAUGAAGUGGCCCUUUGUGCCGGAGAAGUGGCAAUACAAACAAGACCUCGGCCCAGAAGACAAAACAAACCUGCAAGAUAUGAUCAGCGUGAGGCUCCCCGAUUUGCUGAUUUAUUUGAAAGCCUCCAUCAUGGUCAAGGACUGCGUAACGGCAGCUGCUGUUGUGUUCCUGAUCGACCGGUUCCUGUAUUGGAUUGAUGCCUCCAGCCAACUUCUUGGGAUUGCCAAGGCUCUGCACAGGCUCCAGCCCACCACGCCGAUGGGCCCUCAGGUGCUCAUCCGGCAGGCUCGCCUCUCUGUCAACACAGGUAAACUUUUAAAAGCUGAAUACAUCCUAAGCAACCUUAUAAACAACAAUGGAGCAACAGGUACCUGGCGAUACGCUGAGGAAAGCGAUAGGAUUCUCGUUCAGUCAGUCUGCUUACAGAUCCGAGGACAGAUCCUGCAAAAGCUUGGGAUGUGGUAUGAGGCAGCAGAGUUGAUCUGGGCUUCGGUCGUGGGAUAUUUCAAACUUCCUCAACCAGAUAAAAAGGGAAUUGCUACUUCCUUGGGUAUUAUGGCAGACAUCUUUGCUUCCAUGAAUGAGAAGGAUUAUGACCGCUUUAAAACCAAUGCUGAGAUUGACCUGAGCCUUCUCCGAGAGUUCAGUCAUCGCUUAUUGUCAGCUGCUGAGGCCUGCAAACUAGCAGCAGCCUACAGCCAGUACACCCCCCUGUUUGUCCUCACAGCCGUGAACAUCCGUGGGGUGUGUUUGCUGUCCUAUAGUCACUCCAAGGACUGUCCCCCAGAAAAGAGAAAGUUUUACUUGUCUGAAGCCAAAGAAUCCUUUGAGAUCGGCCUCCUCACCAAGGAUGAUAAGAGUCCCAUCACCAGCAAGCAGGAGCUCCACAGUUUUAUUAAAGCAGCUUUCUGCCUCGCAACUGUUCAUCGAUGGCUCUACGGGGAGAGUGAGGAACUCUGCGAGGUGCGUCAGGUCUGUAAAGAAGCCAUGGGCAAACUGCAUUCAUACAGUGCUUCAUCUACAGAAGAGGAAGAGAAAGGAGUGCUUGCCAAAGAGAUCAUGUGUCUGAUCACAUCCGUGAAGAAGCGCCUGCGGGUGGAAAGCUUCCCGAAUUCUGAUGCUAGAUCUUAUGUUCCAGACAGUUUUAAAGGCACAGUGGAAAAACCUAUCCUGCAACGGGAAGUCAGCUUUGAGAAGAUCCUUGCCAUGCAUUCUCAACAUCAUCUGUCAGUGUGUGAAGUGUUUGAAAAUACCUGCAGGCUUCAUAAAAGCGCACCAGGAGAAACCCAAGUGGGAGUCUGUAUCACAACCUUAAGAACAGAAACCAAAACCAUAGACACUGUGUGUACUACUGAAGAAAUAGUGAACCAGAGGAAAGGCACGGCAAAAACGCUGAAUUCACCAACAGCAGGAAGUAGCUCAGAGAGACUCAGUGGCCAAAGAAAGAAAUACUUGGGUUCUGAUGUGAUGAAAAUUUCCUUCAAUGAAGAGACUGAGCCAUUAGAAAUAGAAAUAAAUGAUGAAAACAGUGCUUUCAGCAAGUGGCGAAAGAAGAGUCAGACCACUACUUCAGAGAGCUCUUGGUGCAACCUUUCAAAAUCAAGUUACUCUUCCAGCUGGGAGGAACUAAACAGUAAUAGCAGCAAAGAGUCUCCCAGGGAAAGGCAGCAGCAGGAAAAGGGCUCAGUGGAGGAGCAGUGUUGUACAACAGAAUCUGAUGAAAAUGGUCAGGCUGCAUAUUUGCGCUCCCUAUCUCCCAGAGCCUGCCCCCCAUCACCUCAAGAGCCUCUUCAUAGCUGCGGGGGAUCUCCUCAACCUUCCUUGGAGGUAGCUGGGAGGCUGGUAGAGAAGGAGUCUCUGCGUGUAGAAGAGCUACGGGAGGGAAGACACCGUGGAAAGAGCUCUUCAGAGAAGAAAGCAGAGGAGGUGAACAUUGCGGUUCCUUCCCUCUCCACCCCUUACUCUGUUCCUACCAGGCUGGAGGAGAAGUCCUCCUCCCGGGCAGAGCUGGGCUGCAGGACCAAGGACAGCGGCGGGGAGGGAGGUGGGCCCCGGAGCCAGUUCCUGUGGGUCGACCCAGAAGGAGAGACUGCAGAGAGCACCGAGGAUCCCCCCCGUGAGGCACGGCCCCCCGAAAAUGGGGGUGCUUCGGGUGCUUCUGGACUACCAACGGGCAUCAAGCCGAAAAUGGCCACCGACUCCUCUGUGCGUGACUGGCUGAGGAGAUCUGCCCUGGUGGGAAACAGAUCUCUCAAAGUGCCUGAAGUUGACGCCCAGGCAGAAACAGUAGAUGACACCGAAUUUGAUUUCAUCAGUGUUGGAGACCUAGAAAACAAUUAUCCGAUGGCAUCUGUUGCAGAGCAUCAAUCAGCUCCCAGUGCACCAACAGCUUUGUCCUCGGAGGGAAAGAUAUCCAUAACUGAGCACUUUGAUUGUGCCACUACCAAAGAAGAUGAAGAGAAGUCUCAGGAUGUGGUGAGCAGCAAGAGACAAUCCAGUUCAUCUCUGAGUUCAUGGUACAAAGCAGGAGAGAUGCCCAAGAGUUCCCCUGAAAGUGUGUUUCUGAGCCCAAGGGAAGGUGGUGUCGUCUUCAUGCCUGGGAGAACAAAGGAAGAAAUCCUUGACGCUCGAUUUCUGAGGGACAGUGAUUACACGCAGCUUCUGGCAGGGGUGGAACAUAAUUGGCUUGUCCAGAGACUGACGCCUACUGGAGUUUUUAAGGCUAAACAGCUUCGUGAAGCAUACUCUGCUCUUCUUCUAAAAUACUCAAAGAAAUCAGGCCUCUGGACAGCCCAAGAAACAGCGGUAUUCAUUGGGGACUACCUGAACGUGGAAAAGGAAGGUAAACAGAGAAGUGCAUUUUGGAUACACUUCCUGCACCAAGAAGAAAGUCUGGGAAGGUACGUUGGGAAAGAAUAUAAAGAUGAAAAAGGACUACUUCAUCAUUUCAGUGACGUGGAACGGCAAAUGACUGCCCAGUACUACGUGACGGAAUUCAAUAAAAGACUGUAUGAGCAGAAGGUCCCAACCCAAAUCUUUUAUAUCCCAUCUGCAGUACUCCUGAUACUGGAAGACAGAAUUAUAAAAGGGUGUGUGAGCGUGGAGCCCUACAUCCUCGGGGAGUUUGUGAAGCUGUCCAAUAACACGAAGGUUGUGAAGAAUGAGUACCAAGCCACACAGUACGGUCUGGCCUAUGGCCAUUUCUGCUACGAGUUCUCCAAUGGGACAGACGUUGUCGUUGAUCUGCAAGGUUGGGUGACGGGUAAUGGGAAGGGCCUCAUCUACCUCACAGACCCCCAGAUUCAUUCUCUUAAUAGCAAAGAUGUUUCACGCUCCAACUUCGGGAAGAAAGGAAUUUAUUAUUUCUUUAAUAAUCAACACGUGGAGUGCAAUGAAAUCUGUCGCUGCCUUUCUUUAACAAGACCCUCGGUAGAGCUGCCAAUGUAGACUUGCUCAAGGCAGUCACACAAAGAAUGACCCUUAAGAUGGAGAGGAUUUUAACCUACACACCUUCAGGAGUAUAUUGUCUUUGUGAGAACAGACCCACUGAGCUGAUACCCAUGUGAGUUGGGUCAGUCAUUACCUGUAUGAGUUUGGCAAGUUCUGGUCUUUGCAUCCAGGCUGGUAAUGCCAUGUUACCAUCUUGUGUACCAUCUGAACCUCACAUGGUUACAUCUGUAAGAAUUCACAGAAGAACUUCCGAAGAGUAAGAAAACAACCUCCCAAAAUUCAGCGAGAGGUGGACUGCAAGACUGUAUAAACUUCUCAUCCAUUGCCCAGAAAGGGCAAUAGGCACCAUCUGCUCUUGGGAAAUGGAGUAUGGAUGGAGUGAGUCAGAAGCAGAGAGUUGCAUUUCAAUCAUCUGUAAAAUUUUCAAAAACUUGUAUAAAUGCUUCGGGGAACAAAUGGUAAUGUUUUGGUUUGCUUCAAAAAUAGCAAAGUUUCUUUCAGGGGUGUGUAUGGUGUGUGUAUCCUGCCUGUGUGGCCACACAACAUCUAAACGGGUGGAAAUACGGUUUUAACUGUAACAGCCAAGUUGUGCUGCUCCGCAAGGGAAAAAUAGUGUUCUUGGACUAAGAGAUGCUUUGUGUGAGUAUUUUAGGACUACUACAUUUAACAAGCUCUCAGAAGCCUUUCCCAAGAGAAGAACAGUUCUUGCUUAAGGACAGUACAUCUCUUCUGCCCUGUAAUGAAACUGUGGGCACCACGGAGUUGGUGACCGAUCCUAUAACAAAUUCCCACAAAUAAUCUCACUGGACAUGAGCGUAGCCGCUGGUGCAGAGGAGCAGUUCUGGGAGAGUCCAGUGUCUAAUGAACACAGAGUGAGCAGCCUCAGUGCCAGUUUUGGUUCCAGCUGGGCGGGCAGAUGCCCUCCCCUCGAGCCUCACAGAGCUGCGAGAUGGAAGGUGUUCAGGAAGGAGCGGUGCCUUUCUCAGAUGAGUCCCCGAAAGAACAUACAUGAAUGAAAGUAAAACAGAUGUCCAGUAACAUGAGAAGGAGAAAGUGAUCUUACAUUCUUCCAGCACAUCUUUCCUGGUGUUACUUGCCUAACUGGCAGGCAGAAAAGCUGCUUCUGGGGAAAUUCAAGCAAACAGUUACAUGUAUUCACCUUAACAGUGCCACAUACCACUGGAAUAAUGCACAGGAC